AUGUUUAUUGACUUGGUGUUGCUGGUCAUGCCGCUGCCAAUUGUUGUGAGGUUGCAAAUGGCGUCCAGGAAGAGGAUUGGGUUGGUCGCUCGUUACGAGUACAUUGCGGCUGGCGGCGACGGUGCCGAUGUUGACGCAGGAAGACCAGACGUAUUUGCUGGGUGGGGUGGCACUUUGGAUCACAUAAUUCUGUCUCAAUCCCUAACCAGCAUGUCGCUGAAAACCUACAUGAGUUGUCAAGACGGAAGGUCAACGAUAUAUGGAUUUGAUCUAUCUGAUCUCAAGAGAGUGGUUGGUUGUUGGAAGAGGUGGUGGUCAGAGACCAUGCAGGAAGAAAAGGCGAAGGAUCAGCUGACAGCUGCCUGGCUGCAGUGA